GUCGUGCAUAUUUACUUUAUCUAAUAAUAAAUAUAUACCAAUUGUUAUUCAAUUUCAUUCAACCGUAUUGUUAGAAAAACCCAUUUCUACUAACUCUUUCAGGAACUACUAUCAUUGUAUAUUCUCCCGGUUCUUUUUAAUUGUAACACACAGCAGCGUCGAAGAUGGCAGCGCCUGCAAUGGACACAUGUCAUGUCUCUUGUUGUGCUAAUCGUACUCCUAAUGUUGUGUCAUGGGGUAGAGGAGGUCUCAUCGCAUUUGGGACAUGCAAUUCAGUUGCCCUUUAUAAUCCACAGGAAAUAAGGAUUGUCGAGCUGCUAAAUAAACAUACUGGAAGGGUGAAUGCUGUCCAGUGGGUUCAUAAACAAGAUUGCAGUCCAGAAACCCAGUUGGUAUCUGGUGGGUCAGAUAAUAAUGUUAUUGUUUGGGAGAAGCAGGAUGGGAAGUUCACAGCAUGUGCGGUGUGUUCAGGACACUCAGGGCCUGUGUGUGCAGUGGACGCCGUGUCUCUGUCCUCCUCUCACUUACUGGUGGCCUCAGCAUCAUCUGACUCCACUGUUAAACUCUGGACAUGCACCUCUGAUACAGGCCUUAAAAGUCUCCAACUGUGUUCAUCUGAAGAAGAUAGUCAUAUACACCUAGGAUUGCUUGAGGCUGAAUGCCUCCAGACCGUAUCUUUUGGGAGCGGGUUCAUGAUGGAUGUCUCCUUGGCGCUGUUGCCAGGCAGCAGAGUUCCAGUGCUCGCCUGUGGGGGAGAUGACAGCAAAGUUCACCUGUACGUGCAGCUCAGUGGACAGUUUCAGAGGCUUCUGACUCUGACAGGACAUGAGGAUUGGGUCCGAAGUGUGGAGUGGGCCACUAAAGAUGGAGAGCUCUGGCUAGCCAGCUGUUCACAGGACUGUCUGAUCAGAGUGUGGAAACUGUUUGCCAAGACUGCGGCUGAACCGGACCAUCAGACUGACGCUAUUAUCAAAAUGAAGGAGAACAUCAUUCAAGUGUCUGGAGAUGAAUUUGCUGUGACUCUUGAAACAGUGUUGGCUGGACAUGAAAACUGGGUUUAUGGAAUUCACUGGCAACCUCCAUGUGUCAAAGGUGACUCAGUGGAACAGCCCCUGAAGCUGCUCUCUGCCUCAAUGGACAAAACCAUGAUCUUAUGGGGGCCAGAGGAGGAUUCAGGCAUGUGGGUGGAGCUGGUUCGUGUUGGGGAAGUUGGAGGAAACACCUUGGGUUUCUAUGGAUGCCAGAUGAGUCCAGACGGCUCAAUGAUUUUGGCUCAUGCCUUUCACGGAGCGCUGCACCUCUGGCACUGUGACAGAAACCAGGGAAAAUGGAGGCCUAGUGUGGUCAUUUCGGGUCACUUUAACGCAGUGCAGGACUUGAGCUGGGACCCCGAGGGGGAGUUUAUCAUCACUGUCGGAUCAGACCAAACCACUAGACUCUUUACACCCUGGACGAGAAAAGGAUGCUCACAGAUUACUUGGCACGAGAUCUCAAGGCCGCAGAUUCACGGCUAUGACAUGCAGUGUCUGACUAUGGUUGGGCGGUUUCAGUUCGUGUCCGGUGCCGACGAGAAGGUCCUACGGGUGUUCAAGGCACCACGGAAUUUUGUGGAGAACUUAGCUAACAUAUCAUGCACCUCUCUGGAGAAACUGCUGGGCUGUAAUGAUAUAGCAGACCUCCCAGAGGGAGCCAGCACUCCUGCCCUUGGCCUGUCCAACAAGGCAGUGUUUCAAGGUGACCUUGCAUCUCAGAGCCCUCAACAGGAUAGUGAAAAUUUCAAUAGCAUGUCCGACCAAUAUAAAGAGUCCUACUUUCAACCUCUCAAACUCACAGAGCCUCCGACAGAGGACGACCUCUUGCAGAACACGCUGUGGCCAGAGGUACAGAAGCUGUACGGGCACGGCUUUGAGAUGUUUUGUCUGGCGUCCGAUUCCGCGAAGACGGUAGUGGCCUCGGCAUGUAAGGCCUCUAAACCAGAGCAUGCUGCCAUUCUCCUGUGGAGCACAACUUCCUGGAAACAGCUUCAGUCGCUGCCCUGCCACAGCCUGACCGUCACUCAGAUGGCGUUCUCCCCAAAUGGACGCCUUCUGCUCGCUGUUUCUCGAGACCGCACCUGGUCUUUAUGGAGACGUGGAAACCCUGACUCUGAUACAGAGACGAGCUUUUCUCUCUACGCAAACACUAGCAAGGACACAGCGGUUCACACACGCAUCAUUUGGUCAUGUGACUGGAGCUCUGACAGCAAGUACUUUGUGACGUCAAGUCGAGACAAGAAGGUUAUCAUCUGGGGUCCUGGUGAGGGUGUAAACGUCACUCCCUGCUCCUCUGUUCUGGAUGUCGGAGAUUCAGCCACUGCUGUGUCUAUCUGCCCAUAUCUCUGUUCAGACCAGAGUUAUUUGCUGGCUGUAGGUCUAGAGAAUGGGCAGAUUUUGCUGUAUAAAUGGAGACCAUCAGAGGAUCUGUCUUCUGGAUCAGACUGGAGCAGAUGUGGAGAAACCGAUGCUUGUCAGAGUCACACGCUAAUGGUGAAGAGGCUGCGCUGGAGGCCAAGAGCGGGCAGGGCAGGCCAUGGCGGGCAGGAGAGGAACGAAGAGCGAGCUUGGGCGCAGCUAGCAAGUGCUGGUGCCGACCACGUCGUCAAAAUCUUCAACAUCAAAAUAUCAGCGCUGUGACUUCCAUUCGCCUCUGGUGACGUGCGCUCUGGGUAAUAUGCAGUGUGUCCAGCUGAUAUGCAGUAUGAAUGAACUGCAGUCGCCGGAUCUGCUGUGAAGUCGUCAGCGGGCCCGAAUGUGCUGCUGUAAAUGCCGUUUUUCAUAGGGGAUGCCGGGAGCAGUUUUCUCAUUCCCUUAAAUCAGCUUCUGUUCUUCGACUUUCAGUACUAUUACUUAUGGACUGUAAACAUGAACUAAUGUAGGCUUCUAUUUAUGAUGUAUAUAAAAAAACCACAUUGCUUUGUAACACAAUAAAUGUCUCCUUUUUAGUAA